AGAGGAACAAAUUCCCUCCAAUGACUGGACAAAACCCAAAGACUCAUCUCUCUUCUUUUUUCUGUCUCUGUUUUACGCGCCAAAGAAAAAAAAGGUGAACGAUCCUGCCAAAAUAAUAUCCUAUCUUUCGAUUCCCUUCUUUCUGUAUAUAUAUCCUUAAAAUCUCUCUCCCAUUCCUUUCCAUAUCAAUUUGCCUCUCUAUUAAUAUCUCUCUCUUUCUCCCUCUAAGUUCUGCUUUCGCUCUGCCUCUCUCUCUCUCUCUCUCUCUCUCUCUGUAUACCUAUCAGUGUACGAUCUUUCUCUCUCGCUCUCUGGACGAUUAGAAGCAGCGCCGCUCUACAGACUGCAGAGAUUGAUCGGCCACAACUUCAAUCUCAAGGACAUACAAUUGCGUUAAGAACAACCAGAAGUAAUACUGUUGGUGGCUGGAGGUUGAAUUCUAGAGCGAGCGCAUGUCUGGAAACCGGUGCAACGGUAAUCCAAACCAUUACACAAGUCGUACUCAACGACUCUUGAGAGAAAGAGCGCUAAAACGAAGCAACAAAGCUGCUCAUUCAAAUGAGGUGACCGAUAACCAUAGAGUUACUGAACAAUGUGAAACCGAUUCGCGCUUCAGAGAAGGUGACAACUCAAACAAUUCAUAUAUUGAGCAAUACCUAGAAGGGGCUGUUGCAGCUACAAGAACACCUUCUGAGGGAUGUGAAAAGCAGGAUGGCAGACCUUUUUUUAAGCAACGGCUGUUAGUGGUGGCUAAUAGGCUGCCAGUUUCUGCAGUUAGAAGAGGUGAAGACUCUUGGUCUUUGGAGAUAAGUGCAGGAGGCCUUGUUAGUGCUCUUCUAGGUGUCAAGGAGUUUGAGGCUAGAUGGAUUGGCUGGGCUGGUGUAAACGUGCCCGAUGAGAUAGGACAGAGGGCACUUACCAAAGCAUUGGCUGAAAAGAGGUGCAUACCGGUAUUUCUGGAUGAAGAGAUUGUUCAUCAAUAUUAUAAUGGCUAUUGCAACAACAUAUUGUGGCCUCUUUUUCAUUAUCUUGGACUUCCACAAGAAGAUCGCCUGGCCACAACCAGAAGUUUCCAGUCUCAGUUUGAUGCAUAUAAGAAGGCUAAUCAAAUGUUUGCUGAUGUGGUGAAUGAGCACUAUGAAGAGGGUGAUGUUGUUUGGUGCCAUGAUUAUCAUCUCAUGUUCCUCCCAAAAUGCCUAAAAGAAUACAACGGUAACAUGAAAGUCGGUUGGUUUCUCCACACUCCCUUUCCUUCUUCUGAAAUCCAUAGGACACUGCCAUCUCGAUCUGAGCUACUGCGUUCAGUUCUAGCUGCCGAUUUAGUUGGUUUUCAUACCUAUGACUAUGCAAGGCAUUUUGUUAGUGCUUGUACUCGUAUUCUUGGACUGGAGGGCACACCUGAAGGAGUUGAGGAUCAAGGGAGGCUGACUCGAGUUGCAGCUUUCCCUAUUGGUAUAGACUCUGAGCGUUUUAUAAGAGCACUAGAGCUCCCUCAAGUCCAGGAUCAUAUCAAAGAAUUGAAAGAAAGAUUUUCUGGCAGAAAGGUAAUGUUAGGUGUUGAUCGCCUUGAUAUGAUUAAGGGAAUUCCACAAAAGAUACUUGCAUUUGAAAAAUUCCUCGAGGAAAACUCUCAGUGGCGAGAUAAAGUUGUUCUGUUACAAAUUGCGGUGCCAACACGUACUGAUGUACCUGAGUAUCAAAAACUUACAAGCCAGGUUCAUGAAAUUGUUGGGCGCAUUAAUGGUAGAUUUGGAACAUUAACUGCUGUUCCAAUACAUCAUUUGGAUCGUUCUCUUGACUUCCAUGCAUUAUGCGCAUUGUAUGCUGUAACUGAUGUUGCACUUGUAACUUCUUUAAGGGAUGGAAUGAAUCUAGUCAGUUAUGAGUUUGUGGCAUGCCAAGAUUCAAAGAAAGGUGUUCUCAUUCUUAGUGAGUUUGCAGGAGCAGCACAGUCUCUGGGUGCUGGAGCAAUUCUUGUGAACCCUUGGAAUAUCACUGAAGUUGCUGAUUCAAUACGUGAAGCUUUGACUAUGUCAUGUGAAGACAGAGAGAAGAGACAUCGCCAUAACUUUAAACAUGUGACCACUCACACUGCUCAGGAAUGGGCUGAGACAUUUGUGAGUGAACUAAAUGAUACAGUUAUUGAGGCUCAGCUGAGAACUAGACAAGUUCCGCCUAUGCUUCCAGAAGGAGAUGCAAUUAGACGCUAUUCACACUCUAAUAAUAGGUUGCUCAUACUGGGAUUCAAUGCAACGUUGACUGAACCAGUUGACACUCCUGGGAGAAGAGGUGAUCAAAUUAGAGAAAUGGAACUUAAGUUGCACCCAGAGUUGAAAGAACCACUAAUUGCACUGUGCAGUGAUCCAAAGACAACCAUUGUUGUUCUGAGCGGGAGUGACAGAAGUGUCUUAGAUGAGAACUUUGGGGAGUUUGACAUGUGGUUAGCUGCAGAACAUGGAAUGUUCUUACGGCUUACCAAGGGAGAAUGGAUGACAACAAUGCCAGAACACUUGAACAUGGAAUGGGUUGAUAGUGUGAAGCAUGUUUUUGAGUACUUCACAGAACGUACACCUCGCUCACAUUAUGAACUUCGGGAAACAUCACUUGUAUGGAAUUACAAGUAUGCAGAUGUUGAAUUUGGAAGACUUCAAGCUAGGGAUAUGUUGCAGCAUCUCUGGACAGGCCCAAUUUCUAAUGCAUCCGUUGAUGUUGUCCAAGGCAGCCGAUCAGUUGAGGUUAGAGCUGUUGGUGUAACAAAGGGUGCUGCUAUUGAUCGAAUAUUGGGGGAGAUCGUUCACAGUAAAUCCAUGACAAUGCCAAUUGAUUAUGUUUUGUGUAUUGGCCACUUUCUUGGAAAGGAUGAAGAUGUGUAUACCUUCUUCGAGCCGUUGUUACCUAAUUCUGAUGGCAUAGGUAUCACAAGAACCAAGCAAACAGAUGGAUUAAAGUCACCUGGGGAAAAGCGACCUCCUUUUAAGCUUCUGGCCAGUAAAAGUGGAUCAAAAUCGUACCAAGGUAAGACACAGCGACCUUCACCAAAUCCUGAGAAGAGAACUAACAACCACAGUUGCGGGAGUGCGCGGCGGCAGUCACCCGAAAAAAUUUCAUGGAAUGUGCUUGAUCUCAAAGGAGACAAUUAUUUCUCCUGUGCUGUUGGCCGAACUCGAACCAGUGCUCGCUAUUUACUACAUUCAUCGGAUGAUGUUGUCUCGUUUCUAAAGAAACUAGCCAAUGCAUCUUUUUCUGACAAGUCAUGGUGAAGUUGCAAGAUGUUUCAAGCUAUUAUGCGCUCCUUAACAGGAAUCUUACUCAACUGAAAGCAUAAAAUUGAUGAGUUCUAAAAGAAAGAGAAAUGAUCAAACCACAGUAAUUACUCAUCAUUGAAAGAUCCAAUAGGUAUUUUAUUGCCAAUUGCAUCAUUUAUAUUCUGCUAACGUAAGAAUUUCAUUUUUACAUAUAUUAUCCAAAAUGCUUUUACUGUAUAGCUGGUGCCUGAACUUUGGUAAUCUUUCUGUUUUAGUAUCUCAAGUUUAUUUUUUA